AUGCUGACAGGUCCUGUUGGCGAGGAUAUGUUUCACUGGCAAGCAACGAUAAUGGGUCCUCAAGAUAGCCCUUAUGCUGGGGGAGUUUUUCUGGUCACUAUUCAUUUCCCACCUGACUACCCAUUCAAACCACCAAAGGUUGCAUUCAGGACUAAAGUCUUUCACCCAAAUAUUAACAGCAAUGGGAGUAUUUGCCUUGAUAUCUUGAAGGAGCAGUGGAGCCCUGCCUUGACCAUUUCAAAGGUCUUGCUCUCUAUAUGCUCGCUUUUGACGGACCCAAACCCCGAUGAUCCACUGGUGCCAGAGAUAGCUCAUAUGUACAAGACGGACCGGACUAAGUACGAGCAAACUGCAAGGAGCUGGACCCAGAAGUACGCCAUGGGUUAAAGACCUUAUCUUCGAAAUUUGAAUUAUGUGAAAAUAAUGUACCAUUUUCUGUCUGCUUGUGCUUGUAUUGGAGUACUCUAGACUAAAAUCUCUUCAUCUCAUUGAAGGACAAAUUUGUUUAUGUUUUUAUUUAAAUUGCCCUCUUAGGGGACACCAAACUGUUGAUCAUACAUAUGGACUCAUUUCUUAGGGAAGUUUGAAUGUUGUUUUUGUUAGAUUGGUGUUUAACGUGGAGUUUCUUGCUCCUUAGUUUUUGACUACAAGACAAAUCAAAUCUAGCUCUUGAAAAGGUUAUAGCUCUGACAGAAAUCCUUAAAACUAGGAGCAACCACUGUUGAUUUUGCUUUGUUGGUGAUACUUAAGUGUACAUUUUUUUUUUUCCCCUUCUUAAAUGAUUAAGGCUAUGUUUGCUUGAGCUGACGGGAUUAGACUAAAUUUAUCUCAUUUCAUAAGAUUGCACUGUUAUGAUUUUUUCCAUCUCUUGUUUGUUAGCUUGAUAGGGUUUUGUUUGAAUAAAUACUGAAAUUAGUGAAAUGUCCAAAAUGUACAAAUAAUAUUUUCUUCUCUUUAUUUUUUUUUCUCCAUUCUUUCCUCUAUCCUGCCUCACCAUUUCCUUUUCAUUUUCGUCUGGACCUCAACAACUUAUUUCCAUUUUUUGAUCUUUUCAUUUAUUUCUCUUCAGGUUGAUAGUUUUAUUUUUUUUAUCUCCCAUUUUUUCCUUUAUCCUUUUUUUCUUUAUUUCUUCAUCAAUAUUUCUUUCUUUCCCUCCUCUUUUAUCAUAUUUUUGUAGUUGCCCGAUGUUUCUUCUUCAAUGUUUCUAGUCCAAUCACAAAGCUCACACCGAGAAUUGUCAAUUGAAGUGUAAGUUGCCCGAUGGAGGCGGAUUUUCGCCGUUGAAGAUCCGAACAAGCGGUGGGGAAAUUGGAAAUCAACUCAAAAUUGAAGCUAGAGUUACAUAAUUGAAAGAUGAAAUGAAGAUGAAAAAGUCCAGAAAAGACGAAAGAAGAAAAAAUUGAGAACUAUGGCAGGAAAGAAAAAAAAUGGCGAAAAAGAGUCCAGAAAAGAUGAAAGAAGAUGAAGAAAAGAGUGGGGUGCGGGGGCAAAUUGGUCAUUUCUUUAUUCUGUAAAGGUGGGAUAAAAAAUAUCUCACAUCUUCCUCGAGAUCGAAUUAUCAUACAUACGCAAGAUUAAUUUAUUUAGUAGCGGGCCAAAAUUUUUUUUGCGGGCCUGGGUCUGUCUCACCAAACGUCGGAUAAGGCCGGGAUUGAGGGUGUUAUCCUAUCUAAUCUACCCUAUCAAACACGCCCUAAGAGUGUAGGAGAGGGAUAAAAAGGUAAAGGAGAAUG